UCUGAUCCGAGUCACCAGCAGAUGGCAGUAAUGCGCUGAUACGUGAUUGGUCAGAUUCUUGUGCUCGGCAGUCACGUGGGCUCGGGACCCGGAAGUACGGGUUUCCAGUGUUCUGUGUGUGUGUGUGUGUGUGUGAGAUGGAUGCUCGGCUGUGUGUGCUGCUCAGCGUCGCGCUUCUCCUCCGUCUGGCGCUGCUCUGCUUCGGUGUGUAUCAGGAUCAGAAUCUGCAGCUCAAGUACACGGAUGUGGAUUAUCACGUGUUCACCGACGCCUCCAGGUUCAUCACACAGGGUCAGAGUCCGUAUGUCAGAUCCACGUACCGCUACACUCCUCUGCUGGCACUGGUUCUGGUUCCGGGGGUUCUGCUGAGCUGGGUUCACUGCGGGAAGCUGCUGUUCGUGGGCUGUGAUCUUCUGUCCGCUCUGCUGCUCUUCAGGCUGCUGGUUCUGCGCGGCUCGACCCGGAGCUCGGCGAGGGUUCUCUGCGGUCUGUGGCUGUUUAACCCGCUGACCGUAGCUGUGUCCACCCGCGGGAGCGCCGAGUCUCUGCUGGCGGCGCUGGUUCUGUCCUCGCUGCUGUGUAUGGAGUCCAGGAGACGGCUGUCUGCAGCGCUGCUGUUCGGUCUGGCCGUCCACAUGAAGAUCUACCCGGUCACUUACGCUCUGCCCAUCGCUCUGUCCCUGACCGGCGCACCGGCCCGCGGCCGAGGACUGAUCCAGAACCUGAUCCGGUGCGUCAGCAGGGAUCUGCUGCAGUUUGCAGCUGUUUCUGGAUCCGUGUUCUUCGCUCUGAACCUCAUCUUCUACUGCAUGUACGGCUGGGAUUUCCUGCAGGAGUCUUAUCUGUAUCACCUGACGCGCAGAGACAUCCGUCACAACUUCUCUCCGUACUUCUACAUGCUGUAUGUGACGGCGGAGCAUCACUGGAGCGGCGCUCUGGCGCUCGUCUGCUUUCUGCCGCAGAUGCUGCUGCUGCUGCUGUCCUCGCUGGCCUUCCGCCGCGACCUGCCCUUCUGCUGCUUCAUCCACACCGCCGUCUUCGUCACCUUCAACAAAGUCUGCACUUCACAGUAUUUUCUGUGGUAUCUGUGUCUGCUGCCGCUGGUGUUGCCUCGACUGACGCUGGGUUUGAGACGAGGCCUCGGGCUGCUGCUGCUGUGGUUUGUGGGACAGGCGCUGUGGCUGUUGCCGGCGUAUUAUCUGGAGUUCGAGGGCUGGAACACUUUCGCUCUCAUCUGGAUCGCCGGGCUGCUGUUUCUGCUCAUAAACUCUCUCAUACUGGGACAAAUAAUCUCCCAUUACAGACCCGCAGAAGCCCUGCUGAAGAAGACCGACUGACAGACGCUUAUAUCGUCUGGUUGAGAGGAUUCAGAUGUGCUGACCACUAGAUGUCGCCCAACAGCAGAUCACAGAUGAACGGCACAGUUUGAUCUGAUCUGAUUGUUCCAACACUUUACAUCUGAUAAAGAGAACAGAUGAACUUGUAAAUGAGGUGUAGAUGCUUCGUGAGCGUGUGUGUCUAUGCAGAGAUUAUCGUGACUGUGAACAAACGUUUUUAUGAGCAAUAUUGACACGUCUGAGGCGUUUGCAGAUGUGUGUGUGAAGAGUCGAGCCCGACGGGGCAUCUGGAAUAAUUCCUCAUCAGGAGAAGCUGCAGUUUUUUCUCUCAGAUCAGCGUUAAACGGGAUUAAAUCAUCUCUGCUGUGACUAGUUUAGUCUCUCUGGGUUUUUUUCGCUACAUUAUAAGCUUGAAAAAUCUUGUCACAAAAUGUUCUGGUAAACGUUUUUCCAAAAUACUGGGCGCAAUUAUUGAAUGAACAAGCAGUCUGCAGAUCUGUUUAAGUCUGACAAGUUCACUGUUAUUACUCGCACACAACACGGUCUUAUUAAAGUGUUCAGAAGGAGCA